AUGGUGUUCAGCAGCUCCAUAAUAGUUUCAGUUGCUCACAUAUCAGCCGACGCAUGGCAGCAAAUAACUCGCAUUCAACUCCAGGACCGUCUAAGCAGCCACCAGCUUCUUGAUCUCAUCUGUUGCUUUCCUCUCCAGCAAUUGGGUAGUUUUGCUCUUUGGCUUUGGACUUUUCUGUGCCUUCCUUCUCCUGAUUCAUUCUACCCUUACUCUUACUACUCUUCAUCUGGUGAUGAUGAUCAACCUCAGUUUCAUCAUGGUCCUGCUUCUUCUUCUUCUUCCUCCUCCCUUGAUCUUGGUUACUACUACCACGACUCUCACUCUGAUUAA